GCCACUUCCACAAUCGCCAGCCACCAUCUCUCACUACUCUUAAAUCUUAACCCACCACAUUCCACAUCACACCCCCAACAUUACCAGAUUUAAGAUUCCAGGGAUACAUAUAUUUAUUUAAAGACUACAUUGCACAGCACAUUCUCUUUGUAUAUAUAGUAGUUAUCAAAAAGGAAAGGAAAAGAAAAAUCUCACAUUUAUAUAUCUAUUUCCUUUUCACCCCCUUUUGGGUUUUGUCUUGUAAUAAUAUAUCAAUAAUAAAUAAGUUAAUAAUAAAAUAAUUGUUUUCAUUUCUCCUUUUCCUUUUCUUUUUUUUUCCUCCUUGGUGUUUGUUCAUCGUUCAUCACUGUUGCACAUAUCAUUUCCCUUUUCUAAUGCAUUCUUUUUCUCCUUCUUCUUCUUCUUCUUCUUCUUCCCCAUACAUGGCUUCUCUGCUUCUUCUCCUCUUCAUCACUUCUUUCUCCUUCGCGCAAUCCUCGUAUGCACCAUCUCCAGACGUUCCUCCUUUUCUUUAUGCCCUUCAAUCUCAAUGCUCUGUUGACGUUUCGCCGACACCGCCUCGUCAGGCUGAUGGGGAUUUCAUAGACGCGAUUUUGUCCGGCAGAAAGAGCGUUGGACAAAUUUCUAUACUCUUCUAUGCUUCCUGGUGCCCUUUUUCACAAAGAUUGCUUCCCGACUAUGAAGUUCUUAGUUCCAUGUUUCCUCACGUAGAAUAUUUGGCACUUGAGCAGUCAUCAGCUUUGCCAAGCUUAUAUUCAAAAUAUGGAAUCCAUAGCCUGCCUGCUAUCUUACUGGUGAACCAGUCUUGUAGGGUGAGAUAUCGUGGUCCGCGCAAUCUUAAAACCCUUGUAGAAUUUUAUGAGAGAAACACAGGAUUUGAAGCAAAUCUUAACAUUGUUGUGCAUAAACUAAGCAGCUUAAUGAGAGAUGAGCAUUCGACAAUGAAGUCUUUAGUUGGUGUGUCGCUUAAAGAAAUAUUGAGAAGGGAACCUUACUUAGUGUUCUCGGUAUUGUUUCUAUGCUUGAGGAUGCUCCUCUUUGUGUUUCCCAAGAUCAUGUCACGCCUCCGAGCAUUCUGGAAUUCGUAUGCUCCUCAUCUCAACUUGCAAAUAUUCAGUGAGACAAGCCAAGUGAUGAUGGGACGUGUUCGCAAUGCGGUUGAUGUCAGGAGGAUAUGGAACAAGUUACGAUUAUGCAAGACCAGGAACUUUCAUGAGAGGGCGAGGAGCGCCAAGGCCUGGGCUUCUUCUCUGGCUUCUGUUUCAUUGGGAGAGUCGGCAUCCUCCACCAGAUGUAGGACGUGAGGUUUCUCGCUGAGGCCUGCUGGAGACUCCUAGAUUUGCGAAGAUCCUUUGUUCUCGGGGCUAUGUUUUUGUUUAUAUAUUUUGCUUAGAUACUUUUAUCUCCAUUAAAUAAUACAAACUGUGAUGACUCCUCUUAUAGGAGAUUUUGGAGAAUAUGUUUUACGUAUUUGUGUCCCUUCGGGUUUCCUUGGGGUAUCUUAUUCUAUUUAUAUGUAUAUAUGACUAUGCUCGGACCGGU